AAGGAAAGGGAGGAAAGAAAAAAUGUUUCGGCACUGAGCUCAGCCGAACUGACGCCAUAAAAAACCAUGGCGACCAUGCCGCUGCCGCCGUCCCCGGCCCCUCCUCCUCCACGCACCGUCUUCUCUCCUAGCUGCGGCGCCCUCCAGACCCCGGUCCACGCGCGGCGCGACCUGCUCGAUGGGGUGCCCCAGAGUCAGAGGCACGCGGCGCCGCGCCUCGCGCGCGCGCCGGAGCGGGGCCUCGCCGCGCCCUACGCGCGCGAGGUCGGCGCGUGCGUUCGCGCGCGGCGGUGGAGCGCGGCGUGCGAGGCGUUCGCGGCCAUGCGCGCCGCGGGGGCCGCGCCCGACAGGUUCCUCCUCCCGCAGGUGCUCCGCGCCUGCGCCGGGCUGGGCGCGCCCCGCCUCGGCGCCGCGGUCCACGCGCUCGCUGCCAAGGGCGGGGCCACGCUCGCCGGAGACCCCGUCGUCGGGAACGCGAUCAUCGCCAUGUACGCUGCGCUCGGGGAUGUGGCCUCCGCGCGCAACGCGUUCGCAUCGCUCCCCGACCGCGACGUCGUGGCGUGGACCGCGCUCGUCGGCGCGUACGCCGACGCCGGGGAGCUGGAACAGGCCUUCGACCUGUUUGAAGAGAUGCAAGAGAGCGGCGUGCGACCGGACGUGAUUUCUUGGAACACGCUGGUGUCCGGAUUUGCAAGAAACGGGGACAUUGGUGCUGCACUGCGUCUGUUUGACGAAAUGCGCCUGACAGGUGUCGAGCCGGGGGUCAAUUCAUGGAACUGCAUCAUCUCGGGAUGCGUGCAGAGUGCACGGUAUGACGAGGCUUUGGGGAUUUUUGAGGAGAUGUGUGAGAGCGAGAGGCCUGAUGCGGUGACUGUGGCUAGUAUUCUCCCUGCUUGCGCUGGCUUGCAGGCAUUAGGCAUUGGAAAGCAGCUGCAUUCAUAUGUUUUACGGUAUGGAAUCAAGCUAAAUGUUUACAUUGGAGCAUCUUUGAUUAGCAUGUACUCUGAGUGCGGAGAAUUUGAUUAUGCUAGAGUUGUCUUUUCCACCAUUGAGGAGGAGAAGAAUGUCACUGUGUGGAAUGAGUUAAUUCAAUUAUAUAUCAAAGAGGGGAGGAUGGGCAAGGCGUGGGAGGCUUUUAACUCGAUGCAGGAGGAUGGAUUGGAGCCUGACAUUGUCACCUAUAACAGCUUCAUUGCUGCAUAUGCUAGAGAGGGGCAGAAAGAGAAAGCAUAUGAACUGUUUUCACACAUGGUUGAUGUCGGCUUGAAGCCGAAUGUGGUCUCAAUGAAUGCGUUAAUUUGUGGUUUGCAUCGACAUGGCCUUCACACAGAUGCACUGGAAGCUUUCAGAUACAUGAAGUGUUCCAGUGAUGGAAACGCAAUGGCUUGGGCAUUUCUUGAUAAUAGCAACCCAAUUCAACCAUGUGGCACAACCAUUACUGGUGUCCUCUCGUUGUUGACAGACCUCAAGUUAGAUCGUCUCGGGAAGGAAGUACACUGCUACGCUUUAAAGAAUGGUUUGACAUCAAACAUCUUUGUUUCAAGCAAACUGGUCGACCUUUAUGGUAAGACUGGCGAUAUGACAUCUGCUGCUAAUGUCUUCCAGGCAAUUAGGAACAAGAAUGUUGUCACAUGGAACAGUGUACUGGCAGCUUACAAGCAUAACAGGAAGCCAGAAGUUGCAUUGAAGCUGUUCGGCAAAAUGCUCGAGUCCAAUUUGCAUCCCAACUUAGUUACAGUACAGAUAGCUCUUUUGUUGUGUGGUAUGACAAUGUCAUUGAGAUAUGGCAGAGAACUGCACAGUUACAUCCAGAAGAGCUGGCCUGGUGGUUACCCAGCUACUCUUGCAAGUGCGUUGAUAGAUAUGUAUGGGAAAUGUGGUAUUAUUGAGGAUGCUAGAUCGGUUUUUGAGAGCACUGUUCAAAAGGAUAUGGCAGUAUGGAAUGCAAUGAUGAGUUGCUACUUGCUUCAUAGGAUGCCUAGGGAUGUUCUAGAUCUAUUCAAUUAUAUUGAACAGUCUGGCAUUCAACCAGAUAAUAUAACUUUCAUUUUACUUCUUUUAGCUUGUAAGCAAGGAGGUCUGUUGGAGGAAGCUCAGAGCUAUUUCUACAGUAUGGAAGAUGUAUAUGGCAUAAAACCAACCUUAAAGCACUAUACUUGCAUGGUUGACAUCAUGGGAGCAGCCGGGUUACUGGAGGAGUCACUAUCGCUUAUUCAGAAGAUGCCACUUGAACCGGAUGCAUGCCUAUGGUCUACUGUUCUUAAAGCUUGUAAGCUACACUCAAAUCUAGAGAUUGGAGAGCAGGCAGCAAAAGCUCUUUUUGAGAUUGAACCAAAUAAUACUUCAAACUACAUGGUGCUUUCAAAUAUAUACGCAGACACUGGCUUGUGGGAUUCCACUGAAGCUGUGAGGGAUGCUAUGACUGAGCAAGGGUUACAUGUUGAGAGGCAGUGCAGCCGGUUAUAUCAUGGUACAGCUGUGCAUUCUUUCGAGGCUGCAGAUUUGUCGCAUCCUGCAAUUCAUAAGAUUUUGAGUACAUGGAAAGACUUGACUAUUAGGAUGGAGCAAUCUGGGUAUCCUCCUCGAGAUAUUGAACCAUACUGCAAUGUAGAAGUUGAUCCAUUGUCAUGCCACCACACAGAGAAGCUCGCGGUGUGUUAUGGGCUUAUCUCCACGCGUGACCAUGAACCAAUACGCAUCUCAAAGAAUUUUAGAAUGUGCAUGGAAUGCCACUCAUCAAUCAAGUUUAUCUCAAGGGACAAGAACCGGGAAAUACUUGUUUCAGAUGGUUGCACAUAUCACCAUUUUAAGGAUGGAACAUGCAGCUGUGGAGAUAUGUGGUAAAUGCAGAGGGGGAUCAACAAAAAAGGUGGGUCUUGUGUACCAUGAAAACUGCAUUCAAGGGCAGCAAUAUCUGAUGACGGUGAUGUUUGCCCUAUCUGUUAUGGCUGAUAUCAACAGUCAAUGUCACCAUCUUGAAGCAUUCAGCACUUCUACCUGCAUCCUAUUUGCACUCCUGGGAGCAAUGGCAGCAAACAUGAUCAGCUUCAAUGUGAAGCUGGGAGCUCUUCACUAUAAAGCGACAAACUGCAGGGAAUACCUUAGUGAUUACGUGCAAGACUGGCUAUAACUCUGCAGCACCCUCUGUUCAUACCAUUUCAGAAAGGAAGUGAUACGUUUUACGCAGCGCAGAUUUCCUAUAAGAGGAUGGGGCUGCAUCAUAUGGACUAUGGAGGAUUCAUACUGUAGAUAUUAUCAUGGUUGAGACUUGAGGCAGUCUCACGCUUCAUCUGUUCAUCUACAUGUAGCAAGUAGUGUGAGAUAAUAGCUGCUUUUAUAUGAUAAUCGGCCUUCGAUUUGCUACAUGAGCACUGGCCUGUCUAUAUACAAUUGUACUUGACAUCUGCCUUCAGUUCGAGCACACUAAAUAGGUCAAUUCAAAU